UUGCGCAGCGCCGACCGGCCGCCGUGGGACGGGCUCGAUAGGCAUGGCGACCAGGGCCACCAGCCGUCGUCUCCUCCUCCUCCUCCCUCUCGCGCUUGCCAUCGUGGUGGCGGGAACGGCGGCGGCUGCUCCGGCCGCCGCAGCCCCACCAGCAGCAUCGCCGUUCCGGACGGUGUACGCGUUCGGCGACUCGUUCACGGACACGGGGAACACGCACUCGACGACGGGGCCCUACUCGUUCGGCUACGUGUCCAGCCCGCCAUACGGCGCCACCUUCUUCCACCGCUCCACCAACCGCUACUCCGACGGCCGCCUCGUCGUCGACUUCCUGGCGGAGGCGCUCAAGCUCCCCUCCUUCCUCCCGCCCUACCUCUCCGCCGCCGCCUCCAACACCAGCGCGCAAGAAGUGGGCGUCAACUUCGCGGUGGCCGGCGCCACGGCCAUCGAGCACGACUUCUUCGCCAAGAACAACCUCAGCUUCGACAUCACGCCGCAGUCCAUCAUGACGCAGCUGGGCUGGUUCGACGCGCACCUCCGCGCCGCCGCCGGCAAGGGCAAGACCAACAAGGUCGGCGACGCGCUCUUCUGGGUGGGCGAGAUCGGCGCCAACGACUACGCCUACACCGUCGUCGCCCGCGACACCAUCCCACCCAAGCUCAUCCGCACCAUGGCCGUUCAGAGGGUAACCACCUUCGUCGAGGGAUUGCUGGAGCGAGGCGCCAAGUACCUGAUCGUGCAGGGUCUGCCGCUCACGGGCUGCCUGUCGAUGGCCAUGACGCUGGCGCGCGCCGAGGACCGCGACAACGUCAGCUGCGUCGCCUCCGUCAACCAACAGAGCUACGCGCACAACCGCCGCCUCCUCGCCGCCCUCCACCAGCUCCGGCAGAAGCACCCGGACGCCGUCAUCGCCUACGCCGACUACUACGCCGCGCACCUCGCCGUCAUGCGGAGCCCCUCCAGGUACGGCUUCACGGAGCCCUUCCGGACCUGCUGCGGCUCCGGCGGCGGCGCCUACAACUUCGACCUCUUCGCCACCUGCGGCUCGCCGGCGGUUAACACGGCCUGCGCGCAGCCGGCCAAGUACAUCAACUGGGACGGCGUCCACAUGACGGAGGCCAUGUACAAGGUCGUCGCCGGCAAGUUCUUCCAGGGCGGCGACGGCUACUGCCGCCCGUCAUUCAGCGAUCUUCUGGCCAGGAAAGCCCAGGGCAAGCCGUGACCGCUUGCUAGAUGCUAGCUAGGGUCAGCAGAAUUGCAAUUUAGUUGUGACAAAACACAUGCCAUCUUGAUCUUGAACAACUGCCAUUUCUCAGGCACAAUUGAAGCUGUGAUGAUGAACUGAAAAGAUUUCUAAUAACGAGUAUGUAUGGUUCAUGCAA